AUGUUUGCAUCGGUGCAGCCGGGCUGGACAGGCCUGGUGGAAGUCAAGUACUUGUCCUCGGACACAAGGAAACUAGCAAAGGAGGAGAGCGUGUUUGACGAGGCGUCAGAUAGUUUCUCGGCCUUGGAGGAGAAGCUGAGCGAGCUGACUAAGGAUGUUCUCUCCAGCAAGCAUGCUCCUAAUGCUGCUGGAAGCCUAUCCUUGAAGAACGAGGUCCAGGCUACCGAGAAGAAGUUGGACAGGGUCGGUUCCAGGAUGACGCGAGCACACGCUCUAAUGAAUCAGGAUAUCAGCCGGGUCGUGAAGCUCUCUGACAAGGGUGGGGAAACGGGCGAGGCUGCUCAGGGAAAGCGUUCAUCGCCUCGUGCGAUGGUUGCGUCAGUAAAAGAGAGGUCGCACUUGUCCGACGAUGAUCCAAAUCAGAUGCUGGCUUCUUCCGAGGAUCACCCCACGACCAAAACGCUUGAUCGCUCCACCGCGUCACAGAAACCUCCUGCUCUCGCUUCUGCUCGCGCUGCUCCUGCUCCUGCUCCUGCAGUGGCAGUGGCAGCGGCAGCGGCAGCCGUGGCAACAGCUCCCAUCCAUCCAUUGAAGCAUCAUCAUCAGGUUUCUGAAGAUGAAGAAGACGAAGAUUUGAAGGUUCGGAGGUCUGCGAGAAAGGAUGUCCUCCGAGCUUUCCGCUUCUUCGAGAAGCACCAGCAACAAAAACUGCAGGAGGCUUUGAAGGCCAAGGAGCUGGAGCAAGCAAAGGGGUAUGAUGUGACGCCAGAGGAAAACUGCAAAGGAGAUGAUUGUCAUAUUCGCCUCUAUCUGCACGUUGGCAGCCCACGGAUGGGUCACACGGCCCGCAAUGGCGCGAACUUCGUUCCCAACCUUCGUGAUCUCCGCAACACGAUCCGAGAACGGGGACUUGUGUAUGUUCAGUCAGGAGUUGACAUGUGCGAGCAGAAUCCUGCUGCUUGCCAGGGUUUCCAAACGGUUUACAAGGGCAAGGACUUUGAUGUGUCUUAUGUGCCUCCGCAUCAAGAUUUUGUCCCAGUGGGUGGUCAAGCGCAUUCAGGAGUACGACAUCCUAUUGGCACGCCUGAUGUAAGAAUCCCUGAGCAUGCCUUCAAGUCCUCUCCUCGCUCUCCGACUUCGUUGAAAUUGCAAAACAUCGUUGGCACUUCCUUUGAACCGAUUCAGCAUCACGGUUCAAACGCUGACGAAGGGGAGGCCACCAAGCUGGAUUCGAGCCUGUUGGUACCAGCGGCAAUGAAGAUUGCAAAGGAACAGGAGAAGCUUGCAAUUAUUGCUAAGAAGAUCAAGAAAGCUGCAGACCUUCGAGCUCAAGUGGCGUUAGCUGAGGAUACGAUGGUGAAGGCCCUCAUGAAUCACAUGCAGACGAAGCGUGCUUCUAGACAGUCUCGGACAGCAGAGACCAGCCAGGGAGCAUCGUUACAUCGUUCCGUGGAAGAUAAGGUGAGGCUGCCGGCAGACUCGUCGACACACCAAGGUCCCCGCACGGAGGAUGUGAACCGACAAGGGAUGUCGCCCAAAACGACUGGCGCGCACCAGCGAUCCAUCGACGUCAGGCUGCAGGAGAAGCUCGAGGUGCUCAACCGCCAGAUGCGAAGGGACAAGGCCUUGCUGACGGAGUGA